AUGGGUUGUGCAAGCAGUCAAGCAAUUUAAUAAGAAUAAUAUGCUUAUGAACAUAAGGAUGAUGUGUAUAAGGUAUUGGCUUCAUCAAAACUUAUUGAUGAAUAAUUACUCAAGAGGAUAAUUACUGUUUUCAAAAAGGAGAAAAUCACAAAUUGUCUAGAUUUUCUUUCAAAAGAAUGUAAACUAAAAAAAUAGGAAUAAUCUAACAUUAAGUUUAUAACCGAUCUUAUGAAAAAUUUAUCUGAGCUCGAUUUUUGCAAAGAAAAUAUUUCUGCCGAUGAUUAGUAAAAACAGAGAGAGGAUCUAAUCACAUAAAUAUCUGAUGAUAAAAAAAUCAUUGAAUUUUUAAAAUUUCUUGUUUUACUUACAGCUUUAGAUGAGAAAUUUAUAUAAUGUGGAUCCAAUUCCCUCAAAUUAUUAAUUGAAAUGAGGAUAGAUUUGAAGUAACAAAACUUUGAAAAUAUCAACAUUCAAAAUACUUCAUUGAUUGGCGGAAAUUUUGCGAGUUGUAAUUUGAAUGGAUCUGUAUUGAAUAACGUCGACAUAAGCGGCGUAAAUUUAAAUUGUGCUUAGAUGUUUAAUUGUUAAUGGAAGAAUCUUAAGAUUAACGAAUUAAAAAUGUUAAACGGUCAUCAAAGUGGAGUCCUAUCUGUUUGCUUCUCUCCUGAUGGUUCUAUAUUAGCUUCUGGUGGUUAUGAUUGCGAUAUUCGUUUAUGGGAUGUUAAGACAGGAUAAUAAAAAGCCAUAUUAGAUGGUCAUUCACAUUGGGUUGAUUCAGUCAAUUUCUCUCCUGAUGGUACUACAUUAGCAUCAUGUAGUUGGGAUAAGUCUAUCCGUUUAUGGGAUGUUAGGACAGGAUAAUAAAAAGCCAAAUUAGAUGGUCAUUCAGAUUAUGUAAGAACAAUUUGUUACUCUCCUGAUGGUACUACAUUAGCAUCUGGUAGCGAUGAUAAAUCAAUCUGUUUAUGGGAUACUAAGACAGGAUUACAAAAGAUCAAAUUAGAUGGUUUGAGUGAUGAAAUCUGCUCAAUCUGCUUCUCUCCAGAUGGACUUAUAUUAGCUGCUGGUACUGGAAGCAUAUUAAGUCAUGAUAAUUCUAUCAUUUUAUGGGACGCGAAGACAGGAUAAUAAAAAGUUAAGUUUUGUGGACAUUAAAGCGCUGUCAAAUCUAUAUGCUUUUCUCCUGAUGGAACUAUGAUCGCAUCUGGGAGUGCAGAUAAGUCUAUCAUUUUGUGGGAUAUUUUGACCGGAAUACAGUUAACAAAAUUUAAGGGUAUUGAUGAAGUGGAUACAAUCUCUUUCUCUCCUGAUGGAACAUUAUUAGCAACUGGAAUGAAUUCAUACAUUUAUUUAUGGGAUGUUAGGACUGGACAAUAAAAAGCUAUUUUUUCUGGUCAUUCUUAUUGUGUAUCUUCUGUCUGCUUCUCUCCUGAUGACACUAUUUUAGCAUCUGGGAGUGUAGAUAAUUCUAUCCGUUUAUGGGAUUUUAGGGCUGGAUAAUCGGAGGCUAAAUUUGAUGGUCAUAGUAAGGCUGUAAACACAGUUUGCUUCUCACCUGAAGGUACACUAUUAGCAUCAGGUAGUGAUGAUAAAUCAAUCCGUUUAUGGGAUGUUAAGACAGGACAAUAAAAGGCCAAGUUAAAUGGUCAUAAUAGCUGGGUCUUGUAAGUGUGCUUCUCUCCUGAUGGUACCAUUUUAGCAUCUGCCAGUCAUGAUUAAUCAAUCCUUUUAUGGGAUGUUAAGACAGGAUAAAAGAAUGCUUAAUUAAUUGGACAUAAUGCUUAAGUCAACACGGUAUGUUUUUCACCUGAUGGUACAACAUUAGCAUCUGGUAGUGGAUAUGAAUGUGUAAAAAGUGAUGAAUACUCUAUCCGUUUAUGGGAUGUUGAGACAAAACGAUAAAAGGCUUAGUUAUUUGGUCAUGAUAGUACUAUCUUGUAAGUAUGCUUCUCUCCUGAUGGUGCACUAUUAGCAUCUGGUAGUCAUGAUGAAUCAAUCCGUAUAUGGGAUAUUUAGACGGGACAAUAAAAGAUCAAGCUAGAUGGUCAUACAGGUUGGGUCUACUCAAUAUGUUUCUCUCCUGAUAGUACUACUUUAGCAUCUUGUAGUUCUGAUCAAUCUAUCUUUUUAUGGGAUAUUGUGACGGGACAAUAAAAGGUUUAGUUAUUUGGUCAUUCAAAAGAAAUUUUAUCAGUCAACUUCUCUCCUGACGGAAAUACAGUCGCAUCUGCUAGUUAUGAUAAGUCUGUCCUUUUAUGGAAUGUUAAGACUGGAAAAUAAAAGGCCCAGUUAGAUGGCCAUCUCGGAGAGGUUAAUUCAAUUUGCUUCUCUCCUGACGGUACUACUUUAGCGUCUUGCAGUGCAGAUCGCUCUCUCCGUUUAUGGGAUGUUAAGACAGAACUAUAGAGGGCCAAAUAAGAGCUCCAACCAGUGCUACUUAUAAUAUUACAACACUUGUUAUCUCUUCAAAUAAAAUUUUAGAAGCAUAAGGCUCUUUAAUUCUGA